CAAAGAAGUUGAAAGAAGUCGGGCUGAAGUUUCCUCCGCGCUGCCGCUCCGCCCGGCAGGUGGAGGCUGGCCUCCGAGGCGCCCCCUCCCCGUCCGGAGGGGAAAGAAAGGGCGAGCAGAGGCGGCUCCGGGUCUCUCUCCCUCUCUCUCUCCCGGGACCCCGGUCCCUCUCCAUGCCUGGCCUAUGGCCAGAGGGGCGCCCCGGGGAGCGGCGCGGAUGGGACUCCUCUGGGCGGCGGUGCUGCUCCUGCUCGAGCUCUGCCCCGGAGGCGCCCGAGCCCACUGGAGGGGCUGCUUUUGCAGGUGGUUAGGCAUUGCUUCCUUUGGUGUUCCGGAGAAGCUGGGCUGCACCAGCCUAUCUCUGAAUGGCCGUCAGAAAGACCUAUGCAAGAAGAAACCAUACCUCCUGCCCACCAUCCGCGAAGGAGCCCGACUAGGCAUACAGGAAUGCCAGAGCCAGUUCAAGCAUGAGCGAUGGAACUGCCUCUUCUCUCCAGAAACAACUACUUCACUUUCUACCAACCCUUCAGCCAUCACAGGAGAGCCUCGUUCCCCCAUAUUUGGCUAUGAGCUGAGCAGUGGUACCAAAGAAACCGCAUUUAUCUAUGCAGUGACUGCAGCUGGCCUGGUGCACUCAGUGACUCAGUCUUGCAGUGCAGGGAAUAUUACAGAAUGCUCCUGCGACCCCAAGCUACAAAGUGGUGGCUCUGCCAGUGAGGGAUGGCACUGGGGUGGUUGCUCAGAUGACAUCCACUAUGGUAUGUGGUUGAGUAGAAAGUUCUUAGAUGGUCCCACUGGAAACAUCACUGGAAAAGCUGGGCGUGUAUUGAUAGCAAUGAACUUGCACAACAACGAAGCAGGAAGACUGGCUGUAGCAAAACUGAUGUCAGUGGACUGUCGUUGUCAUGGAGUAUCUGGCUCAUGUGCCCUGAAAACAUGCUGGAAGACAAUGUCGUCCUUUACAAAGGUUGGCAGUUUUCUAAAAGAGAAGUAUGAAAAUAGUGUCCAAAUUUCAGAUAAACUGAAAAAGAAGAUACGGAGGAAAGAAAAAAGCCAGCGAAAGAUCCCCAUCCAUAAAGAAGAUCUGUUGUACGUCCACAAGUCACCCAACUACUGUGUAGAAGAUCGUAAACUGGGAAUUCCCGGAACCCAAGGCAGGGUGUGCAAUCGUACUUCAGAAGGACCAGAUGGCUGCAACCUCCUCUGCUGUGGACGUGGAUACAAUACACAUGUUGUCAGACACGUAGAGAGAUGCGAAUGCAAGUUUAUCUGGUGUUGUUAUGUCCGUUGUCGAAGAUGUGAGACUAUGACUGACGUUCACACUUGCAAAUGAAACUUCCUGCUUCCAAAAUAAAUGACAAAACAUCCUCUGUAGUACUCUUCCUGGGAGUACACUAGGGCAAUGUGUCAAGCCAAAGAAUGAUUCUCUGAAAAUGAUCCAAAAUUCCAAAAGUCUGGUUCUUAUUGAGAGGGCAACUUGGUAAAGGUAACAGUCUUGAUCACAAGUGGAGAUCUGGAUUGCUUGAAGACAUUGUAUCAAGAGAUGAUAUCUUUAAAUAACUCUGUCUAGCAUGGCUGGGGAUUUUCAUUGUUUUGAUCAGUUGCCUUAAUCAACACAAUGGCAGAGCAAAGCUGGAAAGCCUUGGUGUAUUUGUGCAGAUGCUGAAAUGAUGCACCUAAUGAAAUUCAUCACUUUUCUGUAUUUAGGAGACUGUUUAGGGAGACCUAUGGAUGCAAAACACUUCUAGUGGGUUUACAACCAUUUGACUAGCAGCUGGAAUUUAGAGAAAAAAACUAAGCUUGGCAGCAUGCCUCAGCUAGGGUUAAAGAAAGAAAGACACAGCUAAUUUCAAUUGACAUUUUUAUGUGGGAAUUAGAACUCAUUUAACACAAUUGUGCUCGAAUAUAUAGAAGUUAAAGCAAAUGGUCUACAGCUGGAGUGAAGUGUGCUUCUACAAAUGUCAACUGCAGCUCUAACAAACUCUAGCCAGCCUAAACAAUGAUGUGGAAAACUGGAAGUUAAAAUGAUAAAGGGCUAAACUUUGGAUUUAUGUGAUGUAUAAUUUAGUAGUGUCCUUUUCUCCAUAUACCCCUGUUCCAGUUUUCUUUAAAAAUUCAUUUUGGACAGGGGGGAAAUGUUUGGCCCUCCAGAUACUUUGGCCUGCAACUUCCUUCGUAGCAUCAUGUCUCGUGGUAAGGAAACGUGGGAGCUGACAGUCCGAAGCACAAAAUAUUCCAUUUUCCUCAUUUAGGACAAAGAUGGACCUGUAUGCUGUAGUAUCUUCCAGAACAACCAUCACCUGAGACAAGCUCACUUUUUCCUGUGGAGGUGUGCUGAUUUAAUUUAUUUUAUGUUAUGAUUUUGUCAUGUUCAACUGACAAUGUCUCCAUAUUCUUUAUUUUUAAGAAUAAAUAUACUAUUGUUAACA